GGCGAACCUUGCUGGCUCCCGCGGAGAAUUACUGACAUGCACGUGACGAACACGACUGCGACUGCAUCCGUGACUAUCGCGCCUCCCUAGUGCGACAUGGCUGACAAAUGUUGCACGUUUGCGCUCAGUCACCUCAGAUGUGAUGGAGCGCUGGCGACAGACGACCACAGGCCCUCACAGACGUACCUCAGCUCACUCACUUGCCUGUAUUGCAGCACUCGCUUUUUCACGCACGUAAUACCAAUCUUUGACUAUCACAUUCUACAAUUCUCCCAAAGCCCGGCUUCCAUAACGAGAUGGCUUCUAGUGAACAACCUCCGGUAGCCGGCGAGCGCGAUAAACCAGAAACUACCAACAGUCUCGCUCAACAUAGCUCUACCGAGAAUGGCCAAGCAAAGCCUGGAUCUGACUAUCAGAGUGGGCUGCCAUUUUUUCUGGUUGUUUUCGCUCUGCUGUUGAGCAUGUUCUUGAUCGCCCUUGAUAUGACCAUUAUCGCGACUGCAAUCCCAAGCAUCACAGAUGAUUUCCAUUCGGCCCCUGAUGUCGGCUGGUACGCUGCUGCGUUCUUCAUCACAUUGGCCAUAUUCCAAUCAGCAUGGGGCAAAGCAUAUAAGCACUUCAAUAUCAAGGUCACGUUUGUGGUAGCAGUCGUCUUGUUCGAGGUCGGCAGCUUAAUCUGUGGCGUUUCACAAAACAGUAUUACUUUCGUCGUCGGUCGAGCCAUCGCCGGGCUUGGUGGAGCUGGCGUUACUGGCGGCGUGUAUACUGCCAUGGCCUAUAUUGUGCCGCCCACGCAGGUCCCAACAUACAUUGGCCUCAUCGGCGCCGUGUUUAGUGUCGCAAGUGUUGCUGGCCCUCCACUUGGUGGUGCGCUCACUGGCGAGGUGAGCUGGCGAUGGGUAUUCUACAUCAAUUUGCCUAUAGGUGGCUUCGCCCUCUUGAUCAUCUUCAUCUAUUUUCAUCUGCCUGCCUCAAUCAAGCCAGCACCCAUCGGCCGAAAAGAACUCAUUUUGGUCAUGGACAUCCCAGGUAUCAUCCUCGGCAUGGGUGCGCUUGUCAGCUUUACGCUGGCUAUGCAGUGGGGUGGUACCUUGAAGCCAUGGUCUUCUCCCGACGUCAUUGGUACGCUAGUGGGCAGUGUGAUCAUGGCUGUUCUCUUUGCCGUCUUACAGUGGCGAGCGGGCGAAAAUGCCUCCCUCGUUACCCGAAUAAUGACGCAGCGGACAGUCGCAGCACUAUCGGCAUUUAUCUUCUUUCUGAACUCGACCAACUUCCUCCUUGUAUACAAUCUCCCACAAUACUUUCAGGUCAUCAACAACCUAUCCGCCACACAGAGUGGUAUCAGAAACCUCGCACUCAUUCUCUCAACGUCAGCUUUCGUCCUUGCAAGUGGCUUCGUCCUUGGCCGGGUCGGCUACUACCACAUCUUCCUCAUCAGUGGUUCUGCUCUACUCACGGUUGGGGCCGGCCUCGUAUACACGCUCGACUUUGACUCCACGGUCGCGGAAGUGGUAGGGUUCCAGAUUCUGGUUGGUAUGGGUAUCGGAUUAGCCAUCCAGGCUCCCGUCAUUGUCGCACAGGCCUUCUCGGCCCCUGAGGACAUACCAGUAGUCACGUCGAUAGUCAUGUUCUUCCAGCUAGUGGCGGGAGCGAUAUGUGUAUCGGCGUCGCAGACACUGCUCAACAACCGACUCAUCUCGGCACUGGCAGAGCUCGCGCCCAACAUUACAUCCGAGCAGGUCUUUGCGGUGGGUGCAACGGAGAUUCGUGACGCUUUUCAGGGGGCUGAUCUCGUCGCUGUACUCAAAUCCUACAUGUUGGGUCUCAAAGAUUCGUGGCUCUUUGCGACUGUUCUAUCUGCGAUCACGUUUCUCUUGGCUUUUGCAGGCGAAUGGAAGAGUGUGAAGGGUGCAAAGCCUGCAGCUGCUGCUUGAGUC